CAGACCACCACCAUCCCCAUUGUGUUGACUCAGGCUGAGCUGGCAGCCCUGGUUCAACAACAACAACAGCUGCAGCAGGCUCAGGCCCAGGCCCAGGCCCAGGCCCAGGCCCAGGCAGCUCAACACAUCCAGGUCAGUCGGCCCAACCACUGUUUUACUGUCUGCCUGUCGCUAACUGUGUCGCUAACUGUCUGCCUGUCGCUAACUGUCUGCCUGUCGCUAACUGUGUCGCUAACUGUCUGCCUGUCGCUAACUGUCUGCCUGUCGCUAACUGUCUGCCCGUCGCUAACUGUGUUGCUAACUGUCUGCCUGUCGCUAACUGUCUGCCUGUCGCUAACUGUGUCGCUAAUUGUCUGCCUGUCGCUAACUGUCUGCCUGUCGCUAACUGUGUCGCUAACUGUCUGCCUGUCGCUAACUGUCUGCCUGUCGCUAACUGUGUCGCUAACUGUCUGCCUGUCGCUAACUGUCUGCCUGUCGCUAACUGUGUCGCUAAUUGUCUGCCUGUCGCUAACUGUCUGCCUGUCGCUAACUGUGUCGCUAACUGUCUGCCCGUCGCUAACUGUGUCGCUAACUGUCUGCCCGUCGCUAACUGUCUGCCCGUCGCUAACUGUCUGCCCGUCGCUAACUGUCUGCCCGUCGCUAACUGUCUAACUGCCCAUUUCUAAAUUUGUCUGCCUGCCCGUCUCUAAUUCUGUCUGCCUGCCCGUCUCUAAUUCUGUCUGCCUCUAACGGUCUGUCUCUGUCUGCCUGCCUGUCUCUAACGGUCUGCCUGCCUGUCUCUAACGGUCUGCCUGCCUGUCUCUAACGGUCUGCCUGCCUGUCUCUAACGGUCUGCCUGCCUGUCUCUAACGGUCUGCCCUGCCCGUCCCUAACGGUCUGCCCUGCCCGUCCCUAACGGUCUGCCCUGCCCGUCCCUUACGGUCUGCCCUGCCCGUCCCUAACGGUCUGCCCUGCCCGUCCCUAACGGUCUGCCCUGCCCGUCCCUAACGGUCUGCCCUGCCCGUCCCUAACGGUCUGCCCUGCCCGUCCCUAACGGUCUGCCUGCCCGUCUCAAACGGUCUGCCUGCCUGUCCCUAACAGUCUUCCAGUCUGCCUCUAACUACCUGUCUCCAACUGUCUGCCUGUCUCCAACUGUCUGCCUCUCUCCAACUGUCUGCCUGUUUCCAACUGCCCAGGCCCAGGCAGCAGCAGCACAACACAACCAGGUCAGUCGGCCCAACCACUGUUUUACUGUCUGCCUCUGUCUGUCUCUAACUGCCUGCUUGUCUGUGUCUGCCUGUGUCUGUCAGUAACUGCCUGUCUCUGUCGGUCGGCCUGUCUCUAACUCUGUGUCUGCCCAUCUGUCUGCCUGUCUCUCUCUCUGCCCAUCUUUGUCUGCCUGUCUCUCUCUCUGCCUGUGUCUGCCGGUCUUAACUGUCUGCCUCUAAUUCUCUGUCUCUGUCUGUCUGCCCUCCUCUGUCUGUCUGCCCUCCUCUGUCUGUCUGCCCUCCUCUGUCCGCCUCUAACUGUCUGUCUGCCCGCCUCUAACUGUCUGUCUGCCCGCCUCUGUCUGUCUGCCCGCCUCUAACUGUCUGUCUGCCCGCCUCUAACUGUCUGUCUGCCCGCCACUAACUGUCUGUCUGCCCGCCUCUAACUGUCUGUCUGCUUCUCUGUCUGUCUGUCUGCCCGUCUCAGUCUGUCUGUCUGCCCACAUCUAACUGUCUGUCUGCCCGCCUCUAACUGUCUGUCUGCCCGCCUCUAACUGUCUGUCUGCCCGCCUCUAACUGUCUGUCUGCCCGUCUCUGUCUGUCUGUCUGCCCGUCUCUGUCUGCCCGUCUCUGUCUGCCUGUCUCUGUCUGUCUGUCUGCCCGUCUCUGUCUGUCUGUCUGCCCGUCUCUGUCUGUCUGUCUGCCCGUCUCUGUCUGUCUGUCUGCCCGUCUCUGUCUGUCUGUCUGCCCGUCUCUGUCUGCCCGUCUCUGUCUGCCCGUCUCUGUCUGCCCGUCUCUGUCUGUCUGUCUGCCCACAUCUAACUGUCUGUCUGCCCGCCUCUAACUGUCUGUCUGCCCGCCUCUAACUGUCUGUCUGCCCGCCUCUAACUGUCUGUCUGCCCGCCUCUAACUGUCUGUCUGCCCGUCUCUGUCUGUCUGUCUGCCCGUCUCUGUCUGCCCGUCUCUGUCUGCCCGUCUCUGUCUGCCUGUCUCUGUCUGUCUGUCUGCCCGUCUCUGUCUGUCUGUCUGCCCGUCUCUGUCUGUCUGUCUGCCCGUCUCUGUCUGUCUGUCUGCCCGUCUCUGUCUGUCUGUCUGCCCGUCUCUGUCUGUCUGUCUGCCCGUCUCUGUCUGUCUGUCUGCCCGUCUCUGUCUGCCCGUCUCUGUCUGCCCGUCUCUGUCUGCCCGUCUCUGUCUGUCUGUCUGCCCACAUCUAACUGUCUGUCUGCCCGCCUCUAACUGUCUGUCUGCCCGCCUCUAACUGUCUGUCUGCCCGCCUCUAACUGUCUGUCUGCCCGUCUCUGUCUGUCUGUCUGCCCGUCUCUGUCUGCCCGUCUCUGUCUGCCCGUCUCUGUCUGCCGUCUCUGUCUGUCUGUCUGCCCGUCUCUGUCUGUCUGUCUGCCCGUCUCUGUCUGUCUGUCUGCCCGUCUCUGUCUGUCUGCCCGUCUCUGUCUGCCCGUCUCUGUCUGCCCGUCUCUGUCUGCCCGUCUCUGUCUGUCUGUCUGCCCGUCUCUGUCUGUCUGUCUGCCCGUCUCUGUCUGUCUGUCUGCCCUUCUCUGUCUGUCUGUCUGCCCGUCUCUAACUGUCUGUCUCUAACUGUCUGUCUGUAUCUGUCGUUCUGUCUAUUAGGGCAGCAUGAUAUGAGAUCUAGAUCAUAUAGAUCUAAACUGUUGGAAUCAUUUUAAAUAGAAUGAUUUAUGUUAAGAAACAAAGUGGAAGCAGCACCGUUCUUGGAACAAUUAGUUGACCUAACAGAAUAACUUACAGUGAAUCUAACAGCGAGGAGGAUGAACUGCGCUGCUUGAUUGACAGGGGGCGGGGCUUGGUGUGUGGGAAGCAGCCACGAGAGGUGAGGAGGGAGACGACAGAGUAAACUAGAAAAACGGAAGUUGGGCUUAGUGGCAUUUCAAAAUAUUGCGUGCAAUGUGAAUUCCAUUAAUUGUGCAGCCCUACUAUCGAUCUAUCCGUCUCUGUCUGUCUGUCCGUCUGUCUCUGUCUGUCUGUUCUGUCUAUCCGUCUCUGUCUGUCUGUUCUGUCUAUCCGUCUCUGUCUGUCUGUCUGUUCUGUCUAUCCGUCUCUGUCUGUCUGUUCUGUCCGUCUGUCUGUCUGUUCUGUCUGCCCGUCUGUCUCUGUCUGUCUGUCUCUGUCUGCCCGUCUGUCUCUGUCUGUCUGUUCUGUCUAUCCGUCUCUGUCUGUCUGUCUGUCUGUCCGUCUGUCUCUGUCUGUCUGUUAUGUCCGUCUGUCUUCAUUUAGGCGGUCUUAAUGUAUUCUUUGCAUUUGUUAAGUAAGAACUUUGAACUGCAUUUUAUUGUACGAAAUGCUGUAUAAAUAAAGUUUGAUUUGACCCAGCCCACCGAGGGCCUGGCCCCAGCAGACAGCCUGAACGACCCAGCGUCGGAGAGCAGCGGCCAGGAGCUGGCCGCUGCAGUGACCCAGGCUGUGGCCCGCUUAGCCCCGUCCUGCACCUUGACCCCAACUCAGGCAAUGAUGGUGGCCAGCCCGGCUAAGACGCAGGCAGCUACGUCCGAGAGAGAGGUGGUCAAUGGAAUAGAGUCUGCUGCUGGGGUGAGUGGACUGGACUAGACUGGCUUUAUGUCUUCUGUUUUACCCUGAUGAAUCAUUGAUGUAACUCAAAAUGGCUGUUAUUUAGUCAGGAUCACUAUGAGAUGAUUAUAAGACAUUACAAAAGGGUCAUACGUGCGCAUGACAAGUCUUACAAUGCAUUAUAACGGCAGGCUUUAGGUAAAGUGUUACCAAACAGGAUUAUUUUAUGGAUAAAAAUGGGGUUUGGGUGAUGGUGCGUGGCCGCAGUGACAAAAUGUAGCUGUUCUAAAGCGAAUUCUGCCAUGUGGUGGAGAGAGCAUUGCAAUUUUAAACCACACUUCCUGCAAAUGUUCUGUAAUAAUCGGGUGAUUCCCGAUUUUAAUAUCUAAAUUAUUUACAAUGUUUUCUCUAAAUAAGCUUUGUUGUACGAUUUUUAAAGGUCAAAUACAUUUACAUUUUAGUCAUUUAGCAGACGCUCUUAUCCAGAGCGAUUUACAGUUAGUGAGUGCAUACGUUUUUCAUACUGGCCCCCCGUGGGAAUCGAACCCACAACCCUGGCGUUGCAAACAGCCAUGCUCUACCAACUGAGCUAUAGGAGGGACUAUACACUGCAUUUCAAACAGUCAGCAAUAAUCGAAUGAAUUCGGGGCUUGUAAAGGUAUACAUAGGCUAAAUAUAACCCUUCCCCAAAGACCCACAAACAAUGUAAUUAUUUUAUCAAAACAGUUUAACCUGCUUCCCCCCCCCCCACCCCUCAAUGUUCAUUGAUACUCCUGUUUUAGUAGUGUCUGCUCUGUGCUCAAUUUGUGGAGUUGAGACAUAAAAAAUAGUUGUUAGAAUGGUUAACUUCUCUAUUACAGUAAAAUAAUGUGUUUCUGUGUCCAUACGACCGAUUUUUCUGUUGGACCAAAUUCAAAUAGCAAGUUGAAACCGCUUGUCAGAGAGGAGGAAGAUCUCUCAUCUUUGUUGUUGUGAGUGGCAGGGGGAGGGGCUUGGUGUGUGUGUGUGUGUGUAAACAUGGUGGAAGAGGUGAUGCGAGAGGUUUCUAUGGCCCAAUGCGUUUCUAUGGACCUAUUUUGGCGCUAAGCUUGUCGCCUGCCUUCCUGCUUUUGGGACAACGACUUCAUUGUUUGGACGGAGACACGAGCAUCUCAUCACUACAGUGGGGAGAACAAGUAUUUGAUACACUGCCGAUUUUGCAGGUUUUCCUACUUACAAAUUACAGACCUCUACAUGCUUUGUAUCAUAGGUACACUUCAACUGUGAGAGACGGAAUCUAAAACAAAAAUCCAGAAAAUCACAUUGUAUGAUUUUUAAGUAAUUCAUUUGCAUUUUAUUGCAUGACAUAAGUAUUUGAUCACCUACCAACCAGUAAGAAUUCCGGCUCUCACAGACCUGUUAGUUUUUGUUUAAGAAGCCCUCCUGUUCUCCACUCAUUACCUGUAUUAACUGCACCUGUUUGAACUCGUUACCUGUAUAAAAGACACCUGUCCACACACUCAAUCAAACAGACUCCAACCUCUCCACAAUGGCCAAGACCAGAGCGCUGUGUAAGGACAUCAGGGUUAAAAUUGUAGACCUGCACAAGGCUGGGAUGUGCUACAGGACAAUAGGCAAGCAGCUUGGUGAGAAGGCAACAACUGUUGGUGCAAUUAUUAGAAAAUGGAAGAAGUUCAAGAUGACGGUCAAGCACCCUCGGUCUGGGGCUCCAUGCAAGAUCUCACCUCGUGGGGCAUCAAUGAUCAUGAGGAAGGUGAGGGAUCAGCCCAGAACUACACGGCAGGACCUGGUCAAUGACCUGAAGAGAGCUGGGACCACAGUCUCAAAGAAAACCAUUAGUAACACACUACGCCGUCAUGGAUUAAAAUCCUGCAGCGCACGCAAGGUCCCCCUGCUCAAGCCAGCGCAUGUUCAGGCCCGUCUAAAGUUUGCCAAUGACCAUCUGGAUGAUCCAGAUGAGGAAUGGGAGAAGGUCAUGUGGUCUGAUGAGACAAAAAUAGAGCUUUUUGGUCUACACUCCACUCGCCGUGUUUGGAGGAAGAAGAAGGAUGAGUACAACCCCAAGAACACCAUCCCAACCGUGAAGCAUGGAGGUGGAAAAAUCAUUCUUUGGGGAUGCUUUUCUGCAAAGGGGACAGGACGACUGCACCGUAUUGAGGGGAGGAUGGAUGGGGCCAUGUAUCGCGAGAUCUUGGCCAACAACCUCCUUCCCUCAGUAAGAGCAUUGAAGAUGGGUCGUGGCUGGGUCUUCCAGCAUGACAACGACCCGAAACACACAGCCAGGGCAACUAAGGAGUGGCUCCGUAAGAAGCAUCUCAAGGUCCUGGAGUGGCCUAGCCAGUCUCCAGACCUGAACCCAAUAAAACAUCUUUGGAGGGAGCUGAAAGUCCGUGUUGCCCAGCGACAGCCCCUAAACCUGAAGGAUGUGGAGAAGGUCUGUAUGGAGGAGUGGGCCAAAAUCCCUGCUGCAGUGUGUGCAAACCUGGUCAAGACCUACAGGAAACGUAUGAUCUCUGUAAUUGCAAAUAAAGGUUUCUGUACCAAAUAUUAAGUUCUGCUUUUCUGAUGUAUCAAAUACUUAUGUCAUGCAAUAAAAAGCAAAUUAAUUACUUAAAAAUCAUACAAUGUGAUUUUCUGGAUUUAUGUUUUAGAUUCCGUCUCUCACAGUUGAAGUGUCCCUAUGAUAAAAAUUACAGACCUCUACAUGCUUUGUAAGUAGGAAAACCUGCAAAAUCGGCAGUGUAUCAAAUACUUGUUCUCCCCACUGUAUAUACAGAUCUCUGGUGUAAAUGGGAAGGUGCACAGAGGAGCGAAGGAGACGAGACCGAAAAGACAGCGUUAGAACAAGCUAACAUAAACACUCCUAAAAAUGUACAUUCAAAUUAAUCAAAUUAAUUUGAUAUUUCGCCCAGCCCUAAAUUCUACACAUCUUGCCAUGGGGCUGAGAGAAAAUGUGCUGUUUUUUAAAGCUAAUUUUCUGUGAUUCAACACAUCUUGCCAUGGCUUAUGCUAUCUGAGUGACUCGAACAUAACAUCAAUGGGGACCCCAUGCUAUGACAAAAAUCCUCCGUAAUCCGUACUUUUUGGAAUUUAAGAUUCUCCCCGACUGUCUAGCUUUUAUUUUGGUGAUUGUUAGUUCUCAAAGAUGAUCUUAUUUUUUAUUUUUAUAUAUAGCUCCAUUAUCUUUUCUACAUACUUUAUAUAUGGUUGUAAUAAUUUUUAAGUUUACACUGAAAAUAUUUUUUCUUCCUGAAAAUGAUUAUACGUUUUUUUGGGGGGACAUAGGCGGCCUGAAAAAAUACUUAGGCUCACCUAAUCACCGCCCAAUACUUUUCUAUGCAGAAAUAAUGAUGCAUUUAGUAUGUCUUCUAAUCAUCAGGCUGAUUACCGUUCACCUCUUUGACAAACCAGCUCAUUAUUGUUAAAAUAUCUUUAUUUUUAUUUUUUUAAAUAUCUUAUCUGGCUGAAUAAAGGUUCCAACAGAAAUUAUAAAUAGCAUAUUAAUCUAGAUCCUCUCAUUUUGAUUAUUCGAUAUUUUUUUUCAACAGUAUCUCAUCUAUUCCUCUAAUGAAUAAAUGUGAAAAACGUAAUUCAUAUAGUGUAUAUGUUCUAACCACCAUGUCUUCUCCAGAGGCAAGGAGCUCCUCCUGCGGUGGCCAAAGCCCCGGUGAAGAAAGACAACCAGUGGUUUGACGUUGGCAUCGUCAAGGUUACCAACACGGUGGUCACACACUACUACCUGCCCUCUGACGACCAGGCCGCCGUCGACGUAAGACACUAACACAACCAUAAACACACUAACAUGACUGCUGUUGUUCUGAAGUCACUCGUGGUAUCUGUGAUUUUUAAUGCAUUGGUUUUAUUUAUAUAGAGCUUUUUUCUAGGGCUUUCACAGAUUCCCAUUUUGUUUUCCUCGAAUUCCUCACACGCUCUCUCAUGGUCUCCUCAAAACGUGUUGGAGGAGAACAUCCAAGGUCCCUCCCCUCUGACCUUCUCCAAUGCUUUUUGAGGAGGAGGAGGCAAGGAGAGAGAAUGCGAAGAAUCAAGGACAGACUAAUGAAGUAAGAUAUAGGGCUUCCCCCUACUAGGGCUUUUACGGUAACCGUAUUACUGCCACACCGGCAGUCAUGAGUCAUGGUAAACCCGUUUUAUGCACUCUGAACAUGCUUUGGUAGUACCCAACUACCAACUACCAUCAGGUCCUAACGACCUGGUACUCCUGUUCUCCACUCAUUACCUGUAUUAACUGCACCUGUUUGAACUCGUUACCUGUAUAAAAGACACCUGUCCACACACUCAAUCAAACAGACUCCAACCUCUCCACAAUGGCCAAGACCAGAGCGCUGUGUAAGGACAUCAGGGAUAAAAUUGUAGACCUGCACAAGGCUGGGAUGGCCUACAGGACAAUAGGCAAGCAGCUUGGUGAGAAGGCAACAACUGUUGGCGCAAUUAUUCGAAAAUGGAAGAAGUUCAAGAUGACGGUCAAUCACCCUCGUUCUGGGGCUCCAUGCAAGAUCUCACCUCGUGGGGCAUCAAUGAUCAUGAGGAAGGUGACAUAAGUAUUUGAUACAUCAGAAAAGCAGAACUUAAUAUUUGGUACAGAAACCUUUGUUUGCAAUUACAGAGAUCAUACGUUUCCUGUAGGUCUUGACCAGGUUUGCACACACUGCAGCAGGGAUUUUGGCCCACUCCUCCAUACAGACCUUCUCCAGAUCCUUCAGGUUUCGGGGCUGUCACUGGGCAAUACAGACUUUCAGCUCCCUCCAAAGAUUUUCUAUUGGGUUCAGGUCUGGAGACUGGCUAGGCCACUCCAGGACCUUGAGAUGCUUCUUACGGAACCACUCCUUAGUUGCCCUGGCUGUGUGUUUCGGGUCGUUGUCAUGCUGGAAGACCCAGCCACGACCCAUCUUCAAUGCUCUUACUGAGGGAAGGAGGUUGUUGGCCAAGAUCUCGCGAUACAUGGCCCCAUCCAUCCUCCCCUCAAUACGGUGCAGUCGUCCUGUCCCCUUUGCAGAAAAGCAUCCCCAAAGAAUGAUGUUUCCACCUCCAUGCUUCACGGUUGGGAUGGUGUUCUUGGGGUUGUACUCAUCCUUCUUCUUCCUCCAAACACGGCGAGUGGAGUUUAGACAAAAAAGCUAUAUUUUUGUCUCAUCAGACCACAUGACCUUCUCCCAUUCCUCCUCUGGAUCAUCCAGAUGGUCAUUGGCAAACUUCAGACGGGCCUGGACAUGCGCUGGCUUGAGCAUGGGGACCUUGCGUGCGCUGCAGGAUUGAAUCCAUGACGGCGUAGUUUGUUACUAAUGGUUUUCUUUGAGACUGUGGUCCCAGCUCUCUUCAGGUCAUUGACCAGGUCCUGCCGUGUAGUUCUGGGCUGAUCCCUCACCUUCCUCAUGAUCAUUGAUGCCCCACGAGGUGAGAUCUUGCAUGGAGCCCCAGACCGAGGGUGAUUGACCGUCAUCUUGAACUUCUUCCAUUUUCUAAUAAUUGCGCCAACAGUUGUUGCCUUCUCACCAAGCUGCUUGCCUAUUGUCCUGUAGCCCAUCCCAGCCUUGUGCAGGUCAAGGACAAUCAAUGAAAACAGAAAGCACCUGAGCUCAAUUUCGAACCUCAUAGCAAAGGGUCUGAAUACUUAUGUAAAUAAGGUUUUUUAUUUUUUAUAAAUUAUCAAAAAUGUCUAAACCUGUUUUCACUUUGUAAUUAUGGGGUAUUGUGUGUAGAUUGAAGGGGGGGGGUAAUUUAUCAAUUUUAGAAUAAGGCUGUAAUGUAACAAAAUGUGGAAAAAGUCUAGGGGUCUGAAUACUUUCCGAAUGCACUGUAUGUUUUGAUUUCUAAGACAUUCUAAGGUUUGUGUCAUUCACAACUAAAGUCGCCAAAUAACUCUAAAUCUAGCAUAUAGGACCUCUUUCAAGUAAUCACUUUUACCUCCAUUAUAUUCUUCUUACUAUAAAAUCGUAUAAUAUAAAAUAAUGGUCAGCUAAAUGAAGAAGCCUACAGCCUAUGGCAUGGAGCAUAGCCAGAUAACAUACAGUAGGCAUUUUCUCCAUAUCAUGUUUCUUUAAGACCUGACUAAAAUAAAUUAUAAAUUAUGGAUUUAUUGUGAUAUUGAUAUUGAUUUUAUUAGACUUUUUUAAAUGUAGAUGUUCCAAAGGCGUGUAGGAUGUGUUUAAUGACCGCCACAGCCCUACUAAGAUCCCAAAACACCAAAGAUGCUUUACAAUAAGUCGAUUUAUCAAGUUUUAAAAAACAUAUUUGUUGUGUGUUGUAGGAUGACUCUGGGGCGAUCCCAGACUACAGUCAGAUGAGGAAGAUGGACCUCCAGCCAGGGACGGCCUAUAAGUUCAGAGUGGCCGGGAUCAACGCCUGUGGCCGGGGGAACUUCUCAGAGGUCUCAGCCUUCAAAACCUGUCUACCAGGCUUCCCCGGAGCUCCCUGUGCUAUCAAGAUCAGCAAGGUUAACAUUUUUUUAUUUUAUUACAUUUUUAGUAUUUAACCAGGCAAGUCAGUUAAGGACAAAUUCUAAAACAUAUUUUACCCAGGGAGCGUUUAUUUAUCACACGUGUUUUGUUUCACCAUGUUUCUAUGAAUUCGUGUUUAUAGCUCAGAUCACGCUUUCUUCCCCGCUCUCUUCCUCUCCCUCCUCCCCACUCAGAGCCCAGACGGAGCCCACCUGACCUGGGAGCCUCCGUCGGUAACGUCUGGUAAGAUCAUUGAGUACUCCGUGUACCUGGCCAUCCAGAGCACCCAGAGCGGAGAGCAGGCCAAGCCCACCACCACCACCACCCCAGCCCAGCUGGCCUUCAUGCGGGUGUUCUGUGGGCCAAACCCCUCCUGCCUGGUGCAGUCGUCCAGCCUCUCCAACGCACACAUAGACUACACCACCAAGCCUGCCAUCAUCUUCCGCAUCGCAGCCCGCAACGAGAAGGGUUACGGCCCUGCCACGCAGGUCCGGUGGCUCCAAGGUAUGGAACGUUAUGUUAAGCUUGAUUCACUAAGUGGCAGUAGUCAAUAUUACGCUGAACAAAAAUAUAAACGCAACAUGUAAAGUGUUGGUUCCAUGUUUCAUGAGCUGAAAUAAAAGAUCACAGAAAUGUUCCAUACGCACAAAACGUUUAUUUCUCUCAAAUGUUGUGCCAAUUUGUUUACAUCCCUGUUAGUGUUAGAUUAAUUUGGAUUUUAAGAAUAAUGACUAAAGGAUUUCACCCCAAAUACAGUAUAAAUGUUAGAAUUAUCAUGUAGUGUCAACCCACUAACAGAGGGGGCGGUACUAACCAUUCAAGGGUGAAGGGGAAGGCGGAAACUGUUUAGAAAAGCCACCUAAAGGUGGGAGGAGUCAAGUCCAGGAGGUAUAAAAUCGUAUGUUUGUGUCUUUGGCUUUGAUGUCUGAAGUUGAGGGAGCGUGCAAUUGGCAUGCUGACUGCAGGAAUGUCCACCAGAGCUGUUGCUGGAGAAUUGAAUGUUAAUUUCUCUACCAUAAGCCGCCUCCAAUGUCAUUUUAGAGAAUUUGGCAGUACGUCUAACCGGCCUCACAACCGCAGACCACGUGUAACCACGCCAGCCCAGGACCUCCUCAUCCGGCUUCUUCACCUGCGGGAUCGUCUGAGACCAGCCACCCGGACAACUGAUGAAACUGUGGGUUUGCACAACCAAAGAAUUUCUGCACAAACUGUCAGAAACCGCCUCAAGGAUGUUGAUCUGUGUGCUCGUCGUCCUCACCAGGGUCUUGACCUGAGUGCAGUUCGGCGUCGUAACUGACUUCAGUGGGCUCAUGCUCACCUUCGAUGGCCACUGGCACGGAUGAAUCCCGGUUUCAACUGUACCGGACAGAUGGCAGAAAGCGUGUAUGGCGUCGUGUGGGCGAGCGGUUUGCUGAUGUCAACAUUGUGAACAGAGUGCCCCAUGGUGGCGGUGGGGUUAUGGUAUGGGCAGGCAUAAGCUACGGACAACGAACAAAAUUGCAUUUUAUCGAUGGCAAUUUGAAUGCACAGAGAUAUCGUGACGAGAUCCUGAGGUCCAUUGUCGUGCCAUUCAUCCGCCGCCAUCACCACAUAUUUCAGCAUGAUAAUGCACGGCCCCAUGUUGCAAGGAUCUGUACACAAUUCCUGGAAGGUAAAAAUUUCCCAGUUCUUCCAUGGCCUGCAUACUCACCAGACAUGUCACCCAUUGAGCAUGUUUGGGAUGCUCUGGAUCGACGUGUACAACAGCGUGUUCCAGUUCCUGCCAAUAUCCAGCAACUUCGGACAGCCAUUGAAGAGGAGUGGGACAACAUUCCACAGGCCACAAUCAACAGCCAGAUCAACUCUAUGCGAAGGAGAUGUGUCGCGCUGCAUGAGGCAAAUGGUCACACCAGAUACUGACUGGUUUUCUGAUCACGCCCCUACUUUUUUAUCUGUGACCAACAGAUGCAUAUCUGUAUUCCCAAUCAUGUGAAAUCUAUAGAUUAGGGCUUAAAUAAUUUAUUUCAAUUGACUGAUUUCCUUAUUAUAUGAACUGUAACUCAGUAAAAUGUUUGAAAUUUGUUGCAUGUUGCAUUUCUAUUUUUGUUCAGUGCAAUCCUAUCUGUUUCCCCUCUCCCUGUAGAGAUGAGUAAAGAUGGCCUUGCAGCUAAACCGUCUGCCAAGAGACCAGGCUCCUCACCUGACAUGUGAGUACUAGGAUUCAUCCUCCUCUCUCUUUAGUAAUCCACAAAAUGAUUAAAUAAGCGGUAAAAUUCAUGAAUUCAGUUAUUUAACUGUACAUUCCUAAAAAUACUAUGAAUUAAUGUAUUUAUUUGGAAAUGCAAAGGUGUUUUGAAAAAAGUUAUUCAGUAGUCGUUUGUGGCCAAGCCUGUCACCCCUCUGUCACCCCUCUUCCAUAACUCUUAACUUGGCUCUUUGCUUUCAAUUUAACUCUCUGUCCUAACUCUGUCCUAACUCUGUCCUAACUCUGCAGCCCCAUCGAUGUUCAUCUGUUGAAUCAUGUUUUCUCUCCUCCUUUAGGAAAGCUGCUGGUCCAAAGAAGGCCAGAUCAGACCAGUAAGGGGUUUCCUUCCUCUCCCCUUGUUGUCCAUGAUGACUGACUGAACUGAAUACAACACCUUCCUACUGAAUACUAGACCCCAGGCUCAACCUCGACCCCAGGCUCAACCUCGACCCCAGGCUCAACCUCGACCCCAGGCUCAACCAAGACCCCAGGCUCAACCAAGACCCCAGGCUCAACCUCGACCCCAGGCUCAACCUCGACCCCAGGCUCAACCUCGACCCCAGGCUCAACCUCGACCCCAGGCUCAACCAAGACCCCAGGCUCAACCAAGACCCCAGGCUCAACCAAGACCCCAGGCUCAACCAAGACCCCAGGCUCAACCUCUAC